CUCUCUUCAGCGGUUCACCCCACAACGCUUCAAACCUCUGCUUGCUUCCCCCGUCUCUAUAUUCCGGUGGCCGGUACCGAGCUCCAGCAACCGUCUCUCUCUCUCUCGCUAUCUCCUCAGCGUCUGAUCUGGUUUCCGUGAGCUAAAACUCCGUCUUCCAUAUUGCUCGAUCUUCGCGUUUUCCCGCACCAUUGACUUCAGUCAAAACAGGCGUACUGUGCCGUAAGCAUCUUUGCUAGUGGGACCGGAGAAGGAGUAGGAUCCUGCGGUGGUAGAAUCGAUUCAUGUUGUAGACGUGGGGCAUUUGGAUGGAAAUGCCUCUUCCCGGCGGGGAAGGAACAUUGGAAUGAUGAGCUCAGCUGGUGACGAAGAAGAGGAAGACGAGUGCUUUCACGAUUCCCUUGACCGGCUAAUCUCGUCGUCCAACACCUCUUGCUCUUCCUCUGCUUUGCCUUCCGAUGAAGAGGAAGAUCGUUUUCUCUCUCACUCAGGUUCGCCCAAUUAUGCUUGCCCUAAUGCGCUUUCUAUUCCUUGCUGCCCCGUUGGUGCUUCUGACAACUAUGAUGUCUGGAUCUCUGAACCUUCAUCCGUCGAUGAACGCCGCCUCAGCCUCCUCCGCAAAAUAGGUCUCAACCGUGACCCUUCUAUCCUGCGCCAUAGACCCUCACUCUCGGCAGCUGAGGGCAGCAGUCCGGGUGACACAAAGGACCCUUUUUGCGAAUCGGAAUGGACAGAUCAUUUGAGGAGCGGAAUUGACAAGGGUGAUUAUUGUCUUACUCCUGAUAGUAAUAAUUCCAGAAAUAGUAAUAAAAUCAGUAGGGUACCUGGGGUUGUACGGUCGAAGUCUGAAUGCAAUCGUCAUUCCUCCCAUUAUAGGUCCAGUACUUCCUCGCCUGUAAUUCAUAGAAGUACUGAUAAAGCUACCAUUGGUUCUAUUCAUCCAUGGUCCUCAGAGGCCGAUGAAGCCAGUGUUGGUGACCCUGUAGCUGUAAAUACUAGUCAAAUCCAUAGUCUAAGUAUCAGUAAUUUUGAGAAUGUAGAGGAUGGGAAGGCUCUGAGGUCUACUUUAGUUGAAGAUGCAUUUGAAACGCCUGUGUGCAUAAUAAAGGAUCUUGAUAAUGGGAAGGCGUUUGUGGUGAAUGAAGUGAGUGAAGAUGGGACAUGGAACAAGCUCAAGGAAGUAGGGACAGGGCGGCAGUUGACAAUGGAAGAAUUUGAGAUAUGUGUCGGGACUUCACCCAUUGUUCAAGAACUGAUGAGAAGACAGAAUGUAGGGGAAGGUGGUAAGGAUGGUUUGAAUUCCAACUCAAAUGGGGGCAGUGGGAGUGGAUUUAAACUCAAGAGAACUGGAAACUGGUUGAAAAACAUCAAGAAUGUGGCUAACUCUGUUGCUAGUUACAAGGAUUGGCUUGGUAGUGAUGAAAAGGAUGCAUCAUCUCAUUCAUCUGAAAAGGGUGGGAGAAGGUCAAGUUCAGCCACAGAUGAUAGCCAGGAUGUUUCUUUUCAUGGACAGGAGAGAGUUAAAGUUCGGCAGUAUGGGAAGUCAUGCAAAGACAUAACUGCUCUCUACAAAAUUCAGGAGAUCCAGGCACAUAGUGGGUCCAUCUGGAGUAUGAAGUUCAGUUUGGAUGGGAAGUAUCUUGCAAGUGCUGGUGAGGACUGUGUGAUACAUGUUUGGCAGGUUACAGAGUCGGAGAGGAAGAGUGACUUGUUAGAUAAACCAGAAGAUCCUAACAUGAAUCUUCUUUUAUUGACGAAUGGGUCCCCAGAGUUGGCUUCUAUUUCACCCAACUUUGAUGGCCACAUCGAGCGGAAGAGAAGGGGAAGGCCAUCCAUAAGUCGUAAAUCAGCAAGUUUUGACCAUGUUAUGAUGCCAGAAACUGUAUUUGCACUAUCUGAGAAACCUACUCGGUCCUUCCAGGGACAUCUGAAUGAUGUUCUGGAUCUUUCAUGGUCCAAAUCUCAGCAUUUGCUCUCUUCUUCAAUGGACAAAACAGUGCGGCUCUGGCACUUGUCUAGCAAUUCAUGUUUAAAGAUCUUCUCACACAGUGAUUAUGUAACCUGCAUCCAGUUUAAUCCUGUUGAUGAUAGAUACUUUAUAAGUGGAUCACUGGAUGCUAAGGUUCGCAUAUGGAGUAUUCCUGAUCGGCAAGUUGUUGAUUGGAAUGAUCUUCAUGAAAUGAUCACUGCUGCAUCAUACACACCCGAUGGUCAGCGCGCACUGGUUGGAUCAUACAAGGGGAGUUGCCAUUUAUACAACACAUCAGAAAAUAAAUUGCAGCAAGAAGAUCAUAUUAAUCUGCAGAAUAAGAAGAAGAAACCCCAUCAAAAGAAAAUCACUGGCUUUCAGUUUGUCCCUGGAAGUACAACGGAAGUGCUAGUGACAUCUUCAGAUUCUCGAAUUAGAGUCAUUGAUGGUGUUGAUCUGGUUCACAAGUUCAAAGGAUUCCGCAACACAAACAGUCAAAUUUCAGCAUCUCUCACGGCAGACGGAAAGUAUGUGGUAUGUGCCAGCGAGGAUUCAUUUGUUUAUGUGUGGAAACAUGAAGGCCCUUCUCGACCAGGAAGAAACAGAGGGGUUACUGUUACACAAGCUUAUGAGAAUUUCUAUUGUCAAGAUGUUUCAGUUGCUAUUCCUUGGCCAGGGAUGUCUGGUACUUCUCGAUUUCCUAUCAACUCUUCCACAGGACAAAAUGGCGGUUCUAUUAAUAGUCACGAUGAGGUGCUAGCUACAAAUCAUCCGACAACCCCUGCUGAAGAUACUAAUGGAACCAUAUCUAGUGCCAUGAGCAGCUACUUCUUUGAUAAAAUGUCAGCAACAUGGCCUGAGGAAAAAUUAAUCUCAGCUACUAAAACUAGUAGGCGUGCCAAGGUGGAUGCCAGUACUGACAUCACCGGAGGCUUAAAUCAAAUAAAACCUGCGUGGGGCUUGGUCAUUGUGACUGCUAGUGUACAUGGGGAAAUCAAGACUUUCCAAAACUUCGGGUUGCCUUUCCGGAUUUAGAGGAUGGGAAGAUUGAACCCUUGAGGAUUGAUGGAGGUGCUUAUUACUUCAUCCAACAAUCUAGUACAUGAAAUCUGUACAUAUAUUGGUGAAAUUCCAAUACUAUAUCUUUUUUUCCUUGUUCUUGUUCCAGUUGUAUCUGGAAUUUGGCAUUACAGGGCUAUAAAACAAAAGUUAUUCAGGAAGUGAUUAGCAAAGAAGUGGUAGAAAGAUAAACCCAAUUUAAUUACAUUUCUUUGGCUGUAAUAGGCAAUUGUAGAGCUCAAAAGUUUAUGAAGUCAAAGAAAAUUCAUUAGAGUUUGGUCUACAUGGCUGUCUCGAGUACAUGUUGGUGUGGAUGGGAUGGAUGAUUCUAACUUCUAAG